AUGUCUAGAGACAUGGGUUCUUUUCGCAAGGAUUCGAAAAGUCCCAGCGUAUCAAAUUCCGCAAAGUCUUUGCAAAGAGCUUUGGAUCCCGGACUUGGAAUUCAGUUUGAUCAAAGAGCGAGCCCAGCUCCUGACGAAGUACAGGGCGCGGAACCCAUCGACAUUGGAAAGUCUUUGGCACAACCACCAGUGAUAUACCCGGAGCUCGACCGCUAUCGCGACUUUCAACGCCCAGACUAUACGUUUGAUCGACCUGAGAUUGAUGUCCCUUAUCGUCUGGCAACACAGGAUUUGCCUCCACCAACACCAAUGUCACAACUCUUCUCCGGUGGGAGUAGUCAAGUUAGUGCCGUGAGUGGAAGCCCUUCAACCAAGUUUUCCGAGUCUCCAGGGCCUGGACCGUAUAGUCGGGAUACUACGCCAACGUCAAUGUCAUCUCAAUCUCCAGGUUUUGCAACUCCAAGCCGAGCAGGAGUUCCGCACCGGAGUGGUCGUCAACACAGCAUGUCAACAACCAGACCUCCUGUUACUAGAAGGCGCGCUGGAAGCUUCCCGAAUGAGAUAGAAACAACAAUCAUCGAUCCUCAUGGGCUAGCAUCUGUUAGGGAGUCACUCACCUCCUCUUCUUCCAACUCUACCGUGAAAGAUGGAGAUAGGGCUACUAGAAAGGACAAGGCAAAGACAAGGCAUUUACCGCCACCACCGCCCAGCCCGCCACCGAGAAAAUCUUCCCAGAAGUUCCGAAAACCGAAAGAAAGCAGCGAGGAUUCCAAGUUGUCAAAGUCCCAAGGUUCUGAGCAAAGAGAGAGCCCCGGGCAAUCCAAGCCGCGAAGCCCAAGCCGCUCUGAUCGAUCGUCCCCGCUUCAGAAUGGGCCGCCGGCUCGCCCGAGUCGGCACAACACCCCAGACAUGAAAUCACAGCUGUUUAGUCCUGUUCCCGUUAUACAGAGCAACCUGAUAUCUACUAUUCGGACACCGGAAGGGCGCGGAAACGGUCCCUUGAUCAGCACUUCUCUUCCAGGGUCCACAACGUCUCUACCACACGUCCGACAGAAUGCGUCGGCAUCAAACCUCUCCCUUGGCCACGAAAGCUUUUCUACAUCCUCACUAUCCCGGUCCAGCCUUGAUAAAGGACCCACUACUUUGAGUGAACCAAAUUUGUCCGCCCAGCCAACACAGUCGAGUUCAAGAUCGUCCUCGCGAAGUAGAUUUCCAUUCUUUAGCAGAAAGAAGGCUACUUCUAACACACCAAAGCAGGAUGAACACAUCGAAAAGAAGAAACUCACCCGGAAGGGUCCCGUGGCGGGGACUGGACAUGAGGGCUAUGGCCGAGUCGGUGCUGUCCGAAGGCGUAGCGGGAGUGGUUCUGCCUUACCACGCAGCGUCACAGACCCUGUCUCGUCCUACGACAGCUUAACAAGUGCAGAUUCGUUCUUGACUGAUCGAAUGAACCCAGUCAUAAUUUCUGGUGGCGAGGUCAUCGAAAACAGAAAUGCCAGCGCAGAGCUCUCUCGUUCGGAGACCAAUCAGAGCCUGCCAGGUCGUCCCAGCAUAGAGUCGAAAGUUUCUUCUGAGGGGUCUUCAACAUCCCGCAACGAGUCCAAGUCAGGGCUUCGGCCGUCUGCACUACCUCGGGACCAAACCUCCAGCCCUCGUCGACCCUCUGAUAGCAGUGGCUCUGAUGAAGUUGGUAUGGAAUCAACCCUAGCGUUUAGACGCUCGGUGCAGCGACUCCGAUCGUCGCCUGAUAGUCCCUUGCGACUUCCGCAACCAAUUAAAACCACUCGGCAUGGGUCUCCAUCGCCGCUUACGAGUGUUGAUACCAGUCUUCUAUCAGAUGAAUCACAGGUGGAUCUGCCGCGAGAAGUAUCACAAGACACAACCGGUCUACAUCCCGCCCCCAAAAAGCUCAAGAAAAAACCAAAGUCGCCACGGAAAUGGAAUUUGUUCAGCAGGUCACAGAGUCAGCCGAAUACCAAAAAGAGCCAAGAUAGCGAUCAAGUUCAAGCUACCGUCAAAGCGGUGGACAAACGACCUGUGGCUUUCUACACAAUUAUGGACAAUCCUGAGCAGGAUGACAGCGGGCCCUUAGACAUCCAAGAAGUUCUCCGACAAGCAGACGUGUACGGUCAGAUGCCAGACAGGGAACCUGAUGAGUAUAUGUAUCCGUCGAUGAAUUCCUCAAGGUAUCUUGUGGUGGACUCUCCACCUCAGCAGUCGUGGCAGGCAUCCUCGGAUACCCACUCAGUCACAACGAUUGCUUCGUCAUCCGCAGCAGAUGUCCCUUCCCAAACAGUCACGAGCGAUCUGACCAACAGCACGAGACCUAUUCGUCUUCAGCAAGUCGGCCGCAUUCCCCAAGUCAUCAAACAGCGUACCGAGAACCCGUCCCCUCAAAGCUUCUCUCGCCCAUUCCGAGCUAGCCUGCAGCUUCCAGCAAAGACCGCAACAGAAAUAUAUGACCCGGAGUCUAUUGCCACUGGCCCAACGCCGCCCAAGUCCACAACGCCAGUUCCAGAACUAAUUGGAGAAGGCUCGACUUUGGAAAGUGGGACUAAUAUGUCUUCAUCCCGCAACUCGAUCUCGAAGGUAUCACCAGAAAUCGGCCAGUCCGGUCGGGAGUUUCUGUCUUUUUCUCCGCGUAAGAACUCUACCGGCACAAUUUACACCAGUUCCAGCAGUUCUGGCGGCGCAAAUCCGUUUUCCACAGCCACGGCGGUUAUCCCAAGGCCAGAGGACCCCCCAGCCGAGGAUGAAAUAUGGGAUGAAUACGAUGACCUACUCGGUGAUGAAGCUACGAAGGGACGCCAGUCUGCUACAUCCUCGAAAGGUAUUCCCUUUCACCUGGAAACCUACCAACAGAGGUUGGCAAGAGAGAAAGAGCUGGAUUCCCCUACCGUUGCGGUUGAUAGUCGAAAGGAAUCGACAUAUUCAAGGGCACCUACACACUCCAGCUCUUAUAGUGCAGACAUGACAGAACGAAUCCGUACCGCUUUCCAACCCAAACCGAGUCCUACGACCUUGGGUCCACUGGUUACCCAAGUCGCGGAAACCGGAGCUUCAUCUAGCACGUCAGUCGGUCAAAAAGAGACAACUGGAGAUAGACGGAAUAGCUCAUCUUCUUGUCAUACUACAUUCUCUGACUGUAGCUCAUGCUCAUCAAAUGAUGGGUCUCCGUUGGCUCAAGUCAACCUUCGUGUUGGAUCCAUGACGGUCAGCAAGUGGCUCACUUUCGGACACGUUCUAUUCAGCGACAUCCGCCACGAUCUUGCUCCAGUCAAGACCUCCUUAAGUCGCCACUCUAUUCUUGUCAUUGAUGGCCUGGGAAAUGACGAUUGGUCUUUCUAUGCUGCCGAGACGUACCCAGCUACCUCUUUCUUCAAUCUUUCGCCCCGGGCACCACUUCCUGCUGAACUUAAGAAUUCCCCGUCGGGGUUCCCCUUGAGUCCCGCGAAUCACCACCAAGUGCAAUACGCCUCUCACUUGGACAAGUUUCCAUUUGCACCGCAAAGCUUUGAUGCUGUUGUAUAUCGAUUCCCAACGGCAGCAUCGGAGGCUCAUUAUCGAAACAUUUUGAGCGAGGCCCGGCGCGUACUUCGACCGGACGGGUACAUAGAGCUUUCGAUUCUGGACUCUGACCUUAAUAAUAUGGGCAAUCGCGGCCGACGUACUAUUCGACAGUUGAAGGAACGCAUUCAGGAAAAGAAGCCGGAUACGACUUUUGCAUCCACAGCCGACUUGAUUGUGCGCCUGUUGGGGAAAACUGGUUUUGCAAAUAUCAAGGCUGCUCGAGUCGGGGUGCCUGUUGCCAGCUCAAUCACGAGAUCCAGCAGUCACGAGUCAAAGAGAAGUGACAAAAAGAAAGAUCCCCCAAGUUUGGCGGAGAUGAUGAGUGACAAUAGCCCGUUGGCAGACCAGAACAUUACGAAGAUUGUCACUCGCGUUGGCCGCUGGUGGUACACUCGUUGUUACGAGAGUGCCUUCGGUUCUGGACCCAACGACAGCAUUUGGAAUGAUAAGGCACUUCUUUCUGAAUGCGAACAAGCCGGCACUAGCCUGAAGCUCAUGGUAUGCUGUGCAAGGGCGCCAGAACGCAUCACCAGCUUCUGA